AGUGGGCCGCAUGCUGGAAGAGGGCGGCAAGCACCUAUUUAUUUGCACGUCACGAGCAUGGAUAAAGGGAAAGAGUCAAAGAACAGCCACUAACUACUACUGAGAGCAUGUACGGGGAUUAUCUGCCCCCAAUUCACCGAACAAUAGAUGGCCGCGUCGUCUUCCUCUGGUUCAAAUAUCAAGGUUAAUAUCCAAAAAAAUGCCUGCGAUCGCCCCGACCGCAUACGAGUUUCGCUCCAUGAUCUCACAGCUGGAACGAGUCCUGCUGGAAGUUUACCUCCCAUCGACGCACUCGUGCCGCGAACCCAUCCUCCCAAGCUCCAAAGAGCUCGAGCUCGGCACGAGUCGGCUUCUAAACGACCUCCCUCAGGAUGGCGUCGGGUUGACAGGAGUGACUCACCACCUCGCCUCGUCCCUGCUGCCGGCCUUCAACGACUCCUCCAUCUCUCCGCACUACUAUGGCUUCGUCACGGGCGGAUCGACGCCGGCAGCGCUCCUCGGCGAUUUCCUGGCCACCAUCGUCGACCAGAACGUGCAGGUGCACCUUCCGCAGGAAACACUGGCCACAACCCUCGAGAACCGAGCCCUCGAGAUGCUCCUGGACCUGUUCCGGCUGUCUCGGACCACAUGGCAGGGGCGCGCAUUCACCACCGGCUGCACGGCGGCGAACAUCCUGGGGCUGAUGUGCGGGCGGGAGGCGCUGCUGCGCGACAAACUGGUCUUUGCCGGCUUCGGCUUCAGCGACGCUUCGAUCGCGGACAUGGGGAUCCUCGAGGCGUGUCUGCAAGCGCGAGUGAUGGGGAUCCAGGUGCUCUCGGCGGCAGCGCACUCUUCCGUCGCCAAAGCUGCGGCCGUGGUCGGGAUCGGCCGCAACCAGGUCAAGGACAUAGGGCUCGCCGCCACGCCGUGGGAAUUCGACAUGGUCCUGCUGGGAGAGGCGCUCGCCGACGGCGCAAGGAAGGGCGUCGUCUCCAUCCUCGUCGUCGGCUACGGCGAGGUCAACACUGGCCGCUUCGUGUCGAACCUGCGCGCCAUCCGCACUCUGGUCAAUCGCUAUGGGUCCGCGUGGAUCCACGUUGAUGCCGCGUUCGGCAUCUUUGCCCGUGUGUUCUCGCCGGACGCGCGGAGGGACAGCGCCAACGGCAUGUCCGACGUCGCACUGUGGGCUGCGGACAUCGAGUACGCGGACUCGAUCGCGGGGGAUGGCCACAAACUGCUCAACGUUCCAUACGACUGCGGCUUCUUCUACACACGGACGUCGGAGAUCCUUCAGCAGAACCUCCGCAACGCAGCGCCAUACCUCGCCGCGCCGCCCAUCACCAACGGCAGCGGCCCCUUGGUGCCAAGCCCACUCAACACACACCUUGAGAACUCGCGGCGCUUCCGUGCGCUGCCGGUGUACUCCACACUGGUAGCGUACGGGGCGCGCGGGUACCGCGAGCUCGUGAAGCGGCUGGUUCUGCACGCGCGCGAGAUCGCGCGCGUGGUGUACCGGCACCCUGCGUUCGAGCUGCUGCCGCGCGAGGCUGGCGUUGUCACCGAGGAGCAGGCUGUCAAUAGAGUGUUUAUGGUCGUGCUGUUUAGAGCUAAGGACGAGUGGCAGAAUCAACUGCUCAAGGAGCGAAUCAACGAUACUGGCCGCAUGUAUGUCAGCCCCACGGUGUGGGAUGGCAAGCCCGCCGUGCGCUGCGCCGUCGGGAAUUGGAGGGUUAGUCCUGAGAAGAAUGGCCCGGCCGGAUGGGGCGUCGUUGAGGAGGUGCUGCAAUCUGUUGGGGGGAUGUUGUAGUGGAGGGGAAAUGUGGGAGAUGUUGUAGAUGGCAGGGAGCCGUUUGUAGUUACCUCAUGGGAGCCGUCUGAAGGACGGAUACAUGCUACUCUAGUAAAUAAAUUGGUGGGGGUAGCAGUCAUACAAGCUGUCGGGAGUGUUGUAGAACCUGU